GAACGAGGCUGGGGCUGCCUGGCGGAGCGGCUUCUCCUUUGCAGGCCAGGAUGUAAGAAGCUGGUUCCCAGGACACAUGGCCAAAGGUCUCAAGAAGAUGCAGAGCAGCCUGAAGCUGGUGGACUGUAUCAUUGAGGUGCAUGAUGCUCGGAUUCCAUUAUCUGGUCGUAAUCCCUUGUUCCAGGAAACCCUUGGAAUUAAGCCUCACCUGUUUGUACUUAUCAAAAUGGAUUUGGCAGAUCUUAAAGAGAAACAGAAAAUCGUGGGGUGCCUGAACAAAGAGAGCAUGAAAAAUGUCAUUUUUACCAAAUGUAUAAAGGAUGAAAACAUAAAACAGAUUGUUCCACUGGUUACCGAACUGAUAGAGAGUGGCUACCACUAUCAUCGAGGAGAGAACCUGGAAUAUUGUAUCAUGGUGAUUGGGGUGCUGAAUGUGGGCAAGUCCUCACUCAUCAACUCCCUCAGGAGACAGCACCUCAAAAAAGAAAAAGCCUCUCCAGUAGGUGGCCAUCCUGGGGUCACCAAAGCAGUUAUGUCCAGAAUUCAGGUAUGUGAGCGGCCUUUGAUGUUCCUGCUGGAUACUCCUGGUGUGCUGACUCCAUGGAUCCAGGAUGUAGAGACUGGGCUGAAACUUGCCACGUGUGGAACUAUAUUGGAUCAUUUGGUAGGGGAAGACAUCAUUGCUGAUUAUCUUCUUUUUACACUUAAUAAGCAACAACAGUUCUGGUAUGUGGAGCAUUAUGACCUCGGGGAAGCUUGUGAUGACAUGGGAAGGGUGCUGAAAAAAAUUGCUAUAAAACUCAAGAAGAUAAAUAAAGUAAAAGUGCUCACUGGAACAGGAGAUGUUAAUGUAAUUCAGCCCGACUAUACUUUAGCAGCCUAUGACUUCAUCUGA